AACCCUUUCUCGAUUAGAAUGUUCCGCUUCUUCUGAUCGCGUAUCUUUUGUGAAUAUAAAUUUUCACUUCCCUGGUGAUAAAAACUAUUGUGAUGGUAGUGUUGAGGGCCCUAGAAUUCAAAUGUAA